UCACUGCGCUCCCAGCGCCGCACUCUCCCGAGUGUGACACUAGCUCGGCCCGACCCCUCCUUUUCUAUAGGUCCCUCUUGGCGGCUACAGGAAGACACUCCUCCCCCCCAAACUAGAAUGCCAUCCUCUUUUGGUCCUCCAUGCCUGCCCUUCAUGGACCCCGAAACCACCGUCGAAGAGCCUGAAGCUGCACGCCUGCGUUUCCGGGGGUUCUGCUACCAGGAGGUGGCAGGUCCCCGAGAAGCCCUGGCCCGGCUGCGCGAGCUGUGCCACCAGUGGCUACAGCCUGAGGCAUACUCCAAGGAGCAGAUACUGGAGCUGCUAGUGCUGGAGCAGUUCCUGGGUGCACUGCCCCCUGAGAUCCAGGCCUGGGUGCGAGGUCAGCGGCCAGGCAGCCCUGAGGAAGCCGCUACCCUGGUUGAGGGGCUGCACCAUGAUCCUGGUCAGCUGCUGGGCUGGAUCACAGCCCACGUCCUGAAGCCGGAGAUGCUCUCUGCAGCCCAGAAGACAGAGGAGUCCUCUGGGAGCCCGUACCCCUCAGAGACAGUGGAGCCCCCUGGGGCAGCCCCUGGGGAGGGUCCACAGGAUGCCAGGAUGGAGGGGUCUGCCCAGCUCAGCUACAGUGUGAAGGAGGAGCCCAAUGCCAAUGGCCAGGAGAUGGCACCCUCCAACCCACCACUUCCAGUCCAGCCCCCUGAGGCCCACCUUGGACAUCAGGAACCAGCCUCCACAUCCUCUCAUCUACCCAGAAUUCAGGAGGAAUGGGGGCUGCUGGACCUGUCGCAGAAGGAGCUUUACUGGGAUGCGAUGCUGGAGAAGUACGGCACUGUGGUCUCGCUGGGCUUACCGCCCCCCAGGCCGGAGGUGCAUGCAGAGGCAGAGCCUGGGACACCGAGCGUGGGGACCGAGGUCCUCAGAAGCCUCCGCCCAGGAGAUGAGAGUGACAGCCACUGCGAGGGUCCUCCCUGCCCAGAAGCCCAGCUGCCCCAGGGUCCAGGACCUGUUACCUGGGAGGGCCCAUCCAGGGCUACUGCAUCCACCCUGGGGACACCCAUUGCGUGUCCCCCGCCCACAGCCCCGGGGGUUGGGCUAGAGCCAGGUACCCCUCCAAGGAAGCCCUACACAUGUGAGCAGUGUGGCCGUGGCUUCGAGUGGAAGUCAGUAUUCGUCAUCCAUCAUCGGACACACAUGCGGGCCCCAGAGUUGGCCGUCGGGGUAGCAGAGAAGUCGCCGCAGGGUCCCCGGGAGCCGGCUGCUCCUCGCCACCUCAGGCGCUCACUUGCAGGCCCCCGGAGCUACGCGUGCGAGGAGUGUGGGCGCAGCUUCAGUUGGAAGUCGCAGCUGGUCAUCCACCGCAAGAGCCAUGCUGGGCAGCGGCGCCACUUCUGCAGUGACUGUGGCCGGGGCUUCGACUGGAAGUCUCAGCUGGUCAUCCACAGGAAGAGCCACCAGCCAGAGGCUCCAUGAGCAGAUAGAGAGGGUGCUGGCCUUGGAGGUCUUGGGGGCUGGCUCCAGUACAGCUGUCUGUCUGGGAGUCUCUGAAGGCAGAAGGGGACACUGGACUGAACCAGGGGUCCCAAGAGAGUCUUUUCCCUGGCCUGGCCUCCCACAAAAGGCCACCUGGGUGUGAGGAAAAGAAGCUGCUUCUUCUCCUCCUGCCCCUGCCUUCUGGAGUGAGGUCUGGAUUGGAAUUCAUGGGUUACUAGUGAAUGUGGGGUGACUGCCAAGCCCUGAGCACCUCACCUGUGCCAUAGUGCAGACUGAGGACACUUCCUCCUCCUGGGACUUUGUUUCCCAGGUGGAUGCUCAAAAGCUUUGCCUUCCUGCCUCUUGGGCUGGACCUGAGGUCUCAGAGUGGAAGGCAGCAGAAAGCCCAGGAAAGCAUGGCUGGCUUUUGUUUGUCUGGCUCCAUGUGACCCUUGAACCUCCACAUGCAUGUUAGAUUUUUAACAUAAAUUCUUGGUUUCUGGCUUCUGCUGGUCAGAAGAUCAGCAAGGUGCUCUCCUGCCUGGUAGCUGGAGCCACAAGGCAGCUGAGCCCAGAAGUGCCAACCCUCCUGUUGCCAUAGUCCCCAAUUCCCCAGCCUACCUGGUUCCUUGGUUGCCGACAUCACUCACAAUCUCGCCGGCCUUUGAGCUCUUGAGCCCAGGCUUGGGUGGACAAUAAGGGGACUUCCUUUUCAAGCAUGGAUGAACAAGGGUGACCUCUGAGAAGAGAGGCCACAAACAGGCGUCACAGGGACUGUGUAUACUUCUAGGUCAGGGCUGCACCCCAUGUGGUCAGUUGGUCACACAGCAGGAGGGCAAACGGCCAGCCCCCUGCUGCCAGAGAGAUCUGGUUGCAUUUAUGAGCAGUCACUCGUGACUUACCAGUGCACCAUAUGAGCUUCCUAUUGCUGCUCUAACAAACUUGGUGGCUUGAAACAACACAUUUAUUCUAGGGCUCUGAAGGUCAGAACUGUGAUUGGGUCUCACUGGGCUAAAAGCAAGGUAUCAACAGGGCUGAUUCCUCCUGGAGGCUCCAGGAGAGAAUCUGUCUUGUUGCCUUCUCUAGCUUCUGGAAGCUGUCUGCAUUCCUUGGCAUGUGGCCCCUUCGUCUUCAAAGCCAGCAAUGAAUGGUCAAGUCUGUCUUAGGCUUCGAGCUCUCUGACUCUGGUCCUCCUGCCUCCUUCUCAUAAAGACUUUGGUGAUUACAUUUAGGGCCUCCUGGUAAUCCAUGAUAAUCUCCCCAUCUCAAGGUCUUUCAUUACAUCUUGUCCCCUCCCCACCUGCACACUUAAUCACACUUGCAGAGUCCCUUUCGUCAUGUGACAUAACAUGUUCACAGGUUCCAGGGAUUCUUGGGGGGGGGGCUUACUCAGCACCCUUCUCUGUUUCCUUCCUACUCUGAAAACGAAGGGCAUUUUCAUGGGGGAUGUUUUUGGGAAACAGGUGCACACUUGGGAGGGAGCCCUGAAGCAUGUGCAUGAGUAGCAGGUGGAUGUUGAGGGUGGCUGCCGUGGUUACCCAGGCGGGGGCCUUGCUACAGCCUGAAGCUGGAACGGGGGAGGUCUCCCUUUGGAGGGUUGGUCUCCAUCCUCAGUCUUCUGAGGACCUUCUAGCCAGUUGCUCCUAUGCUCAGGCCUCUGGCAGCAGGACCAGGCUGGAGAUGAAGCUGGGGGGAGGCAAUCUGGUGGGCAAGCAGGAGGCAAGAUCAGUGUGCUGGUGACAAGGAGGAGGAGGACAAAACCCAUGGACUCGAGCCAGGCCCUGGCUUCAGAAGGGAGAGCCUGGGUGUA